AAAAUUCCCACUUAUCAUUUACAAUACUCUUCAAAUAAGAUUUUAGUAAGUUGAAUUGAUAUGUUUUCAACAGAUUCCAAAACCCAUUGGGGGAGACCAAAAAUAUCUUUAGUUGGUUCAGGCCAAAUAGGAUCCAUACUUGGUCUACUUGCCGCUCUAAAACAUCUUGGAGAUGUUUUUUUUUUUGAUGUGGCUAAUGGAAUACCCAAUGGAAAAGCCCUUGAUUUAGCUCAUUUUGCAUCUGUUGAGGAUGUUACUGUUGACGUUACGGGCAGCAGCGAGGCUUCCGACAUGAUGGGUUCCGACGUUGUCAUUGUCACAGCUGGGGUUCCUAGAAAACCUGGUAUGAACCGUGAAGACUUACUUCAAAUUAAUUCUAAGAUUAUUGAGUCCGUCAGCUCCAACAUUAAGAAAUAUUGCCCUAGUGCUUUUAUUAUUUGUACCACGAAUCCUUUAGAUACCAUGGUGUAUCAUUUGCAAAAGAAAGCGGGAAUACCAGCUUGCCGUGUAGUGGGUAUGGCAGGAGAAUUAGACGUUGCAAGAUUUAAAUAUCUUCUUAGUAAACGUCUUCUGGUGUCGGUUGAGAAUAUUAAUGCCAUGAUUUUGGGAAGCCAUGGAGAUACAAUGGUUCCUUUGUUAAACUACACAACGGUUUCUGGCAUCUCUAUAGUCUCUUUGAUACAAAUGGGAUUUAUGACUAUUGCUGAUUAUAGAGAUAUUGUUGAACAAGUUAAAAACGGAGGGCAUGAAAUUGUGCAAUAUUUAAAAACUGGUUCCGCUUACAUUGCACCAGCUGCCGCUACGAUCAAGAUGGUUGAAGCCUAUUUACACGAUAAAAGGGAAAUUAUGUGUUGUUCAGCCUAUCUUAACGGAGAAUAUGGAAUCAAUGAUCUUUAUGUUGGAGUUCCAGUUAUUAUUGGAAAAAAUGGAGUUGAAUCGAUUCUAGAAGUUCCACUUACAACAGAAGAGAGUAAUGCUUUUCAAACUUCGGUUUCGACAAUUGCAAAUUUACGUGAUUCGUUAUCAGAUUUGAAACAACAAAAUUACCAGUAGAUUUUUUUUGUAUUGAAGCAAAAUUUUAUCGAUAGUAAUUUUUGAACAAUAACAUUGGAGUCAUUUUACUUCUUCGCAAAUAAAUUAUUUUAUAUUACUUUUCUAUUUUUAAUGUAAAACCUAAGCCUUAACAACUGUUUUUUUUUUAAUAAAUUCAAUGAGUAAAAUUGUAAUAAAUAAUUUUAAAAGGUACAAGCCUUUAAAACUGAAAUUUUUUAGAGAAA